CGCGUACCGGAAAUUGUACACGGACGUUCGGAGAUAUGCUGAUCUUCAUAUAAGACUCUGACAGUUUUUGGCAUGGAUAUGAUAUGUGAAUCAUGUAACCUGUCCUGAUUUACUCGUACGCCCAUUAUUAUUUAUUUUUAUUUUUUUGUAUGGCUGCUGAAACAGGCAGGAUGUGUGAUAUGUGCUAUGGAUGAAGUGAAGCUUGCGACGGUUUGGUAGAUAUGAUAGGUGUGAGAUUGUGAGCCGGAUAGUGGAGCUGGAAGGCUGGAAGGAUGAUUUCGUGUGUAAUUGCUGAUUCUCCUGCCUCGUGAUUAUGGAGCUGUAAUUAGGCCCAGGCAUGAAAACCCAAAGUGCCAAGCUCUCCACCUGGUCUAGUGUCUAGUGUCUAGUGUCUGGUGUCUGGUUGCGCCUCUGGCUCUGGUGUAGGAGGAGAUUUCUUCUCAUGUCGCUUCUAACCCUCCGAGAACAUGAUCGGAUCCCCAGAUGUGGUGGCAUUUACCAAAGAUGAUGAUUAUGGAGAUUCAUACACAGAUCCGUGCUUGGUCCCAGAGGAGUUUUCUGUGCCUUUGAUUCCUCAUGCAAAUGCCAAUCCAUGGUUAAAAACAUCCUAUGCAAAGUUCUCCAAGGAUUUCAUCCUUAUCUCUGAGUUUUCCGAGCAGGUAGGACCACAGCCAUUACUCACAAUUCCAGAUGAUCCCAAAGUGUGUGGGACGUUUGACCUCAAUUACUUCUCUCUGCGCAUCAUGUCUGUGGACUACCAGGCUUCGUUCGUGGGGCAUCCUCCGGGCACAAGCUACCCCAAGCUCAAUUUCGUUGAGGACUCAAAAGUUGUCCUUGGUGAUUCCAAGGAAGGGGCGUUUGCCUACGUGCAUCACUUGACCCUCUACGAUCUGGAGGCACGUGGCUUUGUGCGUCCUUUUUGCAUGGCUUAUAUUUCAGCAGAUGAGAGAAAGAUCAUGCAGCAGUUCCAGCUGCUCUCGUCUGGCUUCUCCAGGGCUUCCGAGUGCUUAAAAUCAGGGAAUAGAAAGGCCUUUGCGAGUGAACUGGAAAAGAAGCUGAGGGAUCUGGAAUAUACAAGAUCUGUGCUGCACAAGGAGACCGAGCUGCAGAAGACCAACAGCGGCUGUUAUUCCACGCAGGUUAUUGAGAAAGCAAACGAACUGGCGAAUGUGGAAAAAUCUAUCUACGAACAUAAAGAUUUGCUGAGGCAGAUCACAUCCUAUCCUAACAGUAAAAGGAGAGAUGCUGAUCAGGUGCAGUGUGAGCCAGAAGAUAGAGCUGAUACAAGUACGCUUGACCACACACUGUCUUCUAAUCAUUCCGGAAAUGGCGAUAAACAUGUGGAAGCAGAUAGCGGUAAUCAGCAGCCGUCUUACACACCCCAGCUUAUUAAAGCUAAAUCUGCUAAAUGUUUUGAUAAACGCUUAAAAACCCUCGAAGAACUCUGCGAAUCCAACUUUUUCCUUCAAACCAUGGACCAACUGAAUGCGAUUGAAAAGACAUUCAGAGGUGAUCUUUGCUUUAUUUACACCAGCCAGGUUGACCGGGCUCUGUUGAGUAAACAGAAGAUCACCAAUUUUCUUUUCGAGUCAGAACGAGAUGAUGAAGAAGAGGGCAGCUCCAGGAAUUUUUAUGACCCAACCCAUUCCACACAUCAUGUUUCAUCCAACUUCUCUGGUGAGCCAAUGAACCUUGAGUCCUACACCCCUUAUGCUGAGAGAAGUCAGAAUAAGCUGGUACUCGAAACGAUGGAAGGACCUCCAGAAUCCAGUACCUCAGACGUUACGCAGGAAACCUCCGAAGACGCCAAUGACACUGAAAUGAAAGGGAGUUUCAGCAGUGACAGGAGCAUCGAGGCAUUUAUAAACCUCAGUCCGGCAAAUCCUGAGGUUUUUUCAAGGAGAAGCACCAGCGUGGCUUGUACUGUAACCUCAUCUGAGGAAGAAGGAAAUGUUCCUUCUGUUGCUGCUGUUGGAAAGACGUUGUCCUCACUAGAACACAAAUCGGACCUGAAUCAUGGUGAAGUGUUUGAGACUGGACAUCUGGUUCAAAUGGACACGGCGUGUUGUAUGGGACAGGAUGGUUUUAUCUACGAGGAGCCUUUGCCUGAACCAGUACAGGAAUGCUGCGAGGACACCGUUGUCAAGCGCGAACCUCUGUCCCUGCUUCAGAGGGACCCUGCUCUGCAAGUGGACUAUGUCUUAGGAGAGUCAACGCUGACCCUGCCGAGUCCCAGCAUGGGGUUGAUGCUUCCUGAGCUCAACCCCAGCGCUCUGUCCGAGGAGAUGGUUAAAAUGAGUGUGGAAGAUGUUUCUGACAACGCCAGUUACAUGAGCACCUCCACCAGCUCCGACAGAGCAGCCUCACCUUUCACCUACGGCAGUCCCAUCACGCUGAAGCAGAAGAAGAAGGCAGGGCACAGCGCUCUUCGGUUCAUCAGGCAGUACCCCUUUGCUCAGCAAGCCAUCUUCUGCCUUCUGAGUGGAAGAACACUUGUGGUUCUGGGAGCUGAUGAAGGCACUGUAAGGAAGCUGGUGAACGCCUUGUUGAUUUUCGUGCCCAACCUUGGCAAGUAUGGAGAAACCGUGCAGCCCUGGCUUUCCACAUCGUUUCAGCUGAGUGACCUUCAGAGAUGGAAACUUAUUGGACUGCAGAGGGUGGUUUCUCCAGCAGGUUCCAGCUUGCUCCAUUCCCUGAGCCGCUACAGCCGAUAUAUCGGCAUCCUGGACUGUGACAACAAGACGCUUCGAUGCCCAGCCUACAAAGGAACACUAACAGGUCACAUGGCAGACCACAGGACGCAGAUCAAACGAGGCAGCACCUACUAUCUCCAUGUGCAGAGCAUAUUAACUCAGCUUACAGCUAAGGCUUUCCUUUAUACUUUCUGCCAUCACCUUCACCUGCCCAUCAGCACAGACCAGGACGCCAAUUCUGUGGUACAGCGCAGGACUAAUUUCUUGUUGCAGCUCGGCUACACUGAAGAGGAGAGUAAAAUAAUUCGCUUCUUGAGUGAGCUCAUCAAGCAACAUUACCUUCAGGGGCCUUUAAAAGGGGUCAGCCAGUCUUACUUCAGUUUCAGUUAUACCACCAGCUAUUUGUACAAAAUCUGAAUAUGAUUGUGCAUUUGUUCAUUUAAGAUCUUUUAAUUGGUUUCAUAUUCUGUGUUUCCCUUCCCUGGCACCUCUGCUAAAAUCAGGAGACCAAGAAAUGUUGAAUGUAUUUGAUUUCGGUUAACGUUUCCUUUUAUUAUUUUUGCCAGUGUUGGCUUUACAAUCCAGUAAGUAGGUUGUGGAUGGCCUGUUGUCACCAGUGUGCUUUUGAAUGUGUCUGAUGUUGUCUAACGUCUAGCUCGACACUGAAUACGAAACGUAUUUCCGAAGUUUUAAAGAUCAAGGUCUUGUAUUUAAUUUUUUUGUUUUCAUGAAGAGCCAGUCUAGAUUGAAAGUGCAAUCGGCCCGCAAGAACCAACAACUUGGUCAGCAAUUAUUAAUAGGUGAUGGAUUCGUGAGAUUUGCUAUCCUCGCCUAUUUUAAACAGAAUGUGAAAAUGUAAGAUGGCAUUUUUGGCACAAUGGCAUUUAUGUUUUAUGUUUUUGCCUUAGAUGUGCUCUUUAACCUCAUGUGAUUGCAUAUUAUUAUUUCUAAAAAAAUUCCAAGAUGUGGUAAGAGUAGUAAAUAAUUAACCUGUCCAUGACUUUCCGAUGCUUUUGCUGUAAAAUGAUUAAAACUGACUAACAUUCGAUUCACGCCCAUGUUCAAAAAAUGUUUGUCUUCUGUGUUAUAUUCUUUAUUCCACUGUAUACUGUACUGUAUAACUACUGUAAGGUUUUGCAGAGAUAAAUAGGCCAAUCUGAACAUGAGUUUUGGAAUAGACAAAAGUUAAGCAAGCAACUGCCAUAUGUGUUUUAACCCUGCUAUGUCCUCAAGUUAAAGAAAGUUCUGCAUGGAAAAAUGUUAAAAUAGUGGAGAAGUGUUAGAUGACUUCCUGCAUGUUUGGAAAAUGCACAGGCAAAUUACAUGGCAGCACCCAUUUUUAUCUUACACAUGGAUUUCUUUCAGUCUAAUGACAUACAAUGAUAUAAUGUUGUAUCAGUGUUGUGUGCAAAUAGUGUGAGCAUGAGUAACUCGAUGGAGUGGCACGUUCUAAUUUCGGUUAAGAAUCACAAUCAUGGUGAGGAGUUACAAGGACGUGGAGGUGAUUCCCCCCAACCACCCCACAAAACUACAACAUUACUGCUACGCUUACUGCUGCAUGAUGGGAGUUGAAGUCCAAAAAAGUUCACUAAUGGCCACCAGUUUUCAGUUGUAUUUUAAUAUAUAUUGCUUUCCAUUUGUAAUCUGGCAUCAUUAGCCUCUGUGAAGACGAGUCUUAAAAUAUGUAUGUGAUAUGCAUUCUGACGAAUGUUAAAAAGCCAUACCGUACUGUACACAUUGUGUAUUCAAGUUCCUAAUGGCUGUGUUUUUUUAAACCACUUUCCUUUUAUGUAAGCUUUGUCUAAAACAAUCUUGGAAGUGUGUUGCUCACUAGAGUACAUUAAAAAGUAUUGUGAUA